CGGUCGCGCGAAGGCCUCUGUCGUCGCGAGAAGAAGCCGCUGGGGGCGUCGGCUCGGAUAAACGGAAGUGUCGGUGACGGUCUGAGAUAUCACCGCCAAGCUGGGAACCGGGGAGAUGGCCGAGACUGACCCCAAGACCGUGCAGGAUCUCACCUCCGUGGUGCAGACACUCCUGCAACAGAUGCAAGAUAAAUUUCAGACCAUGUCCGACCAGAUCAUUGGAAGAAUCGAUGACAUGAGUAGUCGCAUUGAUGACCUGGAGAAAAACAUCGCAGACCUCAUGACACAGGCUGGCGUGGAAGAACUGGAAGGGGAAAACAAGAUACCUGCUACACAAAAGAGUUGAAGAUAAUUUAGAAAAUGUCCUGCCAGUCUUAGAAGCUUCUCAUAUCUCAAAAGUCCCAUCAAAUGAAUGAGAACAUCCUCUUGAGGAUUGAAGACUGAGUUACAGAGAUGAUAACAAAGAAAGGAGUGGGAGGAGGAAAUGGAUUCAGAAGUUUCCUUAAUAAAGAUUUCCAACUAAAUGUA